AUGAAUUAUAUACACCAUCCGUAUCCGUACGCUGGCCAUGUGCCAAUCGAUCAGCAGGUCGCUUUUGACCCGUCAAUGGCACACCCAGCCAUGAUGCACCCAAUGGACGGCUAUCUCUACGCGCACCCGCAAUUUGACAUGGUCGAUUUCUAUCACCAGCCGAUUAUGGAUUACGAGGAAUAUGCAGAGAAUCUCUCUCGUCCGAGACUCACCAAAGAGCAAGUGGAGACCUUGGAGGCCCAAUUCCAGGCGCACCCAAAGCCCAGCAGCAAUGUCAAGCGGCAAUUGGCCGCCCAAACCAACCUAAGUCUGCCUCGGGUUGCUAAUUGGUUCCAAAACCGGCGAGCAAAAGCAAAGCAGCAAAAAAGACAGGAGGAGUUUGAGAGGAUGCAGAAGGCCAAAGCGGAAGCCGAGGAGGCUGCACGGGGCAAGAAAGAGAAUUCGGACAAUUCAGAGUCGGGUCAGGACACCAAGAGUCCCAAAGACGAGGCCCAUAAAGAUACACCCAAAUCAUCGGGUGCAACCACCUCUAGUAGCCGCACCAAGACUGGUUCUUCACGAUCGAAGCAUCAGAAAACGAAGAGUGAAGCGGCCCGAGAGGCCACUUUUGCUUCUUUGCAGAGAGCCCUCAAUGCCGCCGUUGCAGCUCGCGACGGAUACGGACAGGAUGAUAAUGACGAUGGGCGGCCUCGUGCUACAAGUGCUGAAGGGUCGGCUUCGCCGACCACGGCAUUUGCAGGGAACAGCUUCCAGGACACCAAUCAUGGUGAUUGCCAGGAUGGCCUCAAUACUGCCAUUUCUGGAUGGGAAAAUAACAAAGAUUCGUCCCUGUCUUGGUCUUCGUCACAAGUUUCUCACGGAACUCUUGGGUAUAAUAGCUUGAGUGCGACACCAUUGAGUUCAUCGGCAGAGUCGUUAAGUAUCCCGAGCAUGGACAAUUCGCAACAUCAGGGUGCAUCCCAUGCCGAUAUUAUGCAGAACAUACAGUUUCACCCCUCAGAGGGCGAAGACUGGACGAGUCAGAUGCCAUCGAAAUCACGUUCAGGCUACCACUCCACCAGUGACACCGAAGCUCAUUACAACGAUGCUCACUACCACUUGCAACCAGAGCUAUCCCUGUCAGGACGAGAAUCUUCGGAUGAGCUCGCUGACACACUUGAAGGGGUCGGGAUCCAUGCAGCUGGAACUCAUGGCCUGGCGCAGCUUGCUGACCGAGCAGACCAAUCGUGGAAGGAACCUAGCAAAGAGCUUGACCUCGCCGCCAGGAGAAAGCGGCCGAGACCUGCUGCCAUUGGCACGUCGAGGUCCUCAUCGAUGCUGACCGGAUCGUCUUCCAUUUCACCAACGAUGAGGCUUCCAAGCUACAGCUCUGGCCAUGCUGUAAGACAGUCCAAAUCCGCCCAGUGCCUUAAUUCCAGGUAUGCAGGUGUGAGGAAGGCUUCCGCAGCUCAGCGUUCGCCCCUCAACCUCUCAACGUUUGCCGAAGCGGGUUCCUUGGGCUCUUCCAAGGCUGAAAUAUCUAUGCUGCAACCCGCUGUUACGACAGGAGCACUUGCACCGCCGACUCCUCUGACACCCGAGGAUUUCCAUCAUUUGCUCCCUACCACUCCCAGUGAUGGUGGAUAUUGUCUGUCUGCCCAACCAACCAGCCACUUGUUCCCUACCGCGCAGCCUGUGCAGACUAAUAUUGCAUCCCCUCCGGCGACACCGCUAGCGGUGGAUAUGAUCUCUUAUCCUUACCAGGGUGUUGCACCGCCGAUGUCUGCUCCCGCCCACUAUACAUCGUUUCCUGACUACGCUACUUGCGAUGGGGCUGCCUUGCCCGGCAGAGGCUGGACUGAUGUUACCUCGAUGCCGUCACCAGAGGCCUCAUUCCAGAGCCACUGUCCGAUUCCACAACAGGGAGACAUCACAUCCCUGUCGUAUGAGCGGUCUCUUGAACAGAAUACGCACUCUGUUGACAGUGUAUCUGGUUCUCCAACAUUGGUAUAUACCGCCAGCGAUACGGAUAUGCCAACGUUGACUGCGUCAUUGACAGGUGAAGCGAAGCCUACCGAAUUCUAUAUCCAUGAAUUCCCGGAGCAGCAAGAGGCUCAUCGUUUUGUCGCUCAACAACUUCCUCAGAAACCAAAGGCCUACACAUUUAAUAAUCAAACCCCUAAUGAUUUCUGA